AUGGAGGUCCUAGGAUUACACCUACUUAAACACUUAGAUGAUCCAUUAUCACAAAAAGUGGGGCCACCGCGGCAUAUUCCCCAUUCACUUCGUUCUCUUGUCGUCGUUCGUGUUGACGAUGUUUGGUGCACAGUGGCGUAUACGAGUAAUGACGCUCUAAGCGUGCAUUUCGGGGCCAGCAGGUUUAAUGUUAGCAUCUUUCCGUCAUAUGAAGAGAUGAAGAAAAAAGUUGGACCAUUCAUAGAUGUCGACCCUUCCAAACUGGUGAACCACGAUUAUACAAGUAUGACAGCAUGGUUGAAGGAAACGGAACAAAACUAUCCGAACAUUACGUACCUUUAUUCGAUUGGUAAAAGCGUAUCUGGUCGUGAUCUUUGGGUUCUGAUAAUCUCAGACAAUCCAACGAGACAUGAAUUACUUGAACCAGAGGUGAAGUAUAUCGGCAAUAUGCAUGGGAAUGAGGUUGUUGGGCGCGAGUCGCUGUUGUAUCUGAUCGAAAUCCUAUGCGUAAAUUAUGGAAAGAACGAAUAUUUAACCAAUUUAGUGAAUAGUGAACGAAUUCAUAUUAUGCCGUCUAUGAAUCCGGAUGGUUAUGAGCAUGGCAUAGCCGGGGAUCGUGUUGGAUACGCGGGUCGAAAUAACGAGCACAACGUUGAUUUGAAUCGCAAUUUUCCGGCAAGAUAUCCAGCACAUCGCGAGCAGUCCGGCGGUGGAGAUCCUGAACCAGAGACUGCUGCCGUCAUGCAGUGGCUACAACAAUAUCCAUUUCUCGUCAGCGCCAAUUUACAUGGAGGCUCUCUUGUAGCUAAUUAUCCAUAUGAUGAUUCCGUGACUGGCCAAGACCAAAUUUAUUCUCCUAGUCCUGAUGAUAAACUGUUUGUGGAGUUGGCAUAUCGAUACGCCCGAGCACAUCCGCGUAUGUGGAAGACUGGACGUCGAUGUGGACUUUCUGCUGACGGGGACGUAUUUUUUAACGGAAUUACAAAUGGCGCUGCUUGGUAUCAUUUGGCUGGUGGAAUGCAAGACUGGCAGUACGUACAUACGAACGCGCUAAGGCUGUUAUUUUUGGUUAAAUGGGAGUUCGUGUUGCAACUUCUCAUAUCUGUUUCAGGCAAGACCAUAAUUGCCACUUCUGAAGGAGAGUACUGGAGAAUGCUGCCACCUGGAAUUCAUGAAUUUUUGUCAACAUAUCGUCUUUGUGUGAAAACCUGCAUGAUCAAAGAAGUUAUGGCUUUGAAGCUAUUGAGCUGUAUGGCAAUGUUAGCGCUGUUGCAGUUGACUGUUGAAGCUGUCGGCCUAGAGUCUGAGACACAUAUGGUGACAGUAGGCCACGACGCCCAACGCCAUGAUUUCAAACUAACCGCAUGUCAAGGUGAGGCUGAAACUCGUGCAGUGAUUUUACGUGGAAGGGGGAAAACGCGUAUGACGGUGGUAGGCAUUUCAUCGAGCGCUGCUGAAGUUAUACAAAAAUUGGCUCACCACUUGUGUUCUGGAGAGUUUAAAUUAGACACUAAUAUCCGCCUUUUAAUGGGACCACUGCUAAACUCCAAGGAGGUUAUUAAGGUGAAGAACGAUGAAUUCUUAAAAUGUUUAGCAUUUUUUGUGAAGUUUUUCAAUGUACACUUUUGUAAGUUUGAUAGUAUCCAGAAAUUUAAUCCAGUUGUUGUACUAGCGGUUUCUGAAGGAUUCGUCGAAACGGUCACAUUUAGUCCGCAACACUAUCAGCCACAGCUUUUCAACCAUACAAUGGUUGAGGAAAGUCUUGCGAAGGUAUUAGGAUUUGGAGCCGGUUGCGAAAGGCCGUUGAGGGAUUCAAGAGUGACAUUGGCGAUGGAUGAAUUAAAGCUGAGUACAGCCUUUGAGCUAGGAAUUUCACUUGGUUGCGAUAACUCUGUGGACUUAUCGAAAAAAGCUGCUACUGUUGGAGCGAUGAUUAAUAUGCUGAGACAAACCAUCAGUAUGGAUAUUGUGCAAGAAUUCUCUGUUAUUCCAUCAGCAAACCCAUCAGACCAUUUCACACCAAAUCAAAUGGUAAUGGUAACUAGUGCAUCCAUACCAUUACUGGAGCAAGAAAAUUGUUUGACCAGAAUAGCCGCAAACACUCAUCUAAAUUUAUAUCGUAUGGGCAAUGGUGAACCACCUUAUACUCUGGUAAUGGCUAUAGAGAAGCGGACAGAAACCCUUGUAUUCGAAAUGAUGUCAAAGUGGUGUGGAUCGCCACAGUUCGAGGGUGCCACGGAAAUCAUUUCUGAUUCAACAGUGAUUUUCAUGCCAGAAAUCCCAUCUACACAGUUAACCUGCCAUGACUAUGAUACGAUCGCACCGUUUCAAGCACUUCUGAAUGAAGUUCUGAAUGCGGUGCCUCAAAUUGACUACGUAGUAAUGUUUGGAAGUGGAGGAUUAAAAGUUCGGUACAUUAACGCGAAAGCCAAUAUAUCAGACCGACUAGCCAAAACAUAUCAGAUGUAUCACACUCAAAUGUCGACCGGGACAGAAGACAUAUGUACUGGAGGUAGGACUGAAGGCUUAAAAACUCAACAGAAAGUGCUAGAUUUCUAUGAGUGGAAUACGGCAGUUUCGUGGCCGUCGGCACCAGAUGUCUUGCUUGUGCAGACUGGAUGUUGUUACGAAGAACGCGGGUCAGGACAUCUGUACGCAGAAAAUCGCGAGAGCAUUGUUACCAUGAUGAAAGAAAGGUUAAAAGGUGUUCGUCUUAUUACCGACGAUCCCUUGUUUGCAUUGCGCAGCUCGUGCUUUGCUUGCCGUCAACGACUGACAUCGGUGUUGAAUCGACGAGGCAUUUUCGCGGGUCGUAGCGAUACAUUCGAGAGAAUACCACUGUACAAAAGUGACGAUGAAGAUGAAGAGGAUGUUUUCGAUUUGCAAAAAUUAUGA